AUGGACGAUCGAACCGAAUCCGGCGUUCUGUGCCAACCAUCAUACCCAAGACUCGUGGCGCAAGGUUACGUGUCAGAGAAUCAGUGGAUCGUGCCUACCACGCUUAGGCAUUCUCGACCGAUCUCAAGGUGGCAAAUGCGCAUGGCCCAAUCCGCCGCCGGUGUCAGCUCAGUAGAUGUCCAGCUGUGCAAGGCUGUAACGGUGCGCACAAGGGGCGACGACAGCGACCCCUCGACGAUCGCCACGGCAAUCUGA